AUAAAUGACAGCAAGAGUUUGAAGUAGGUUUCCCCACACUAAGCCUGGCCACCGAUCAUACUAAAACAUUCUGCAGACUGGAAGAAUUCUUGCGAAGGCGUGCUCGAUUACAGAGAGUGGAGGAGGAGGUGCGCCGCCGGGUCGUACUUGGCUUCUUUGACACCUUGUGAGUAUCUCUAGUAUUCGCUGACUAUGGAGUCCCAUAACUAACGGCGUCAUAUUCAGGUACUGGACUCGCAAGUUUAAGAAGCACAUUGACAUGAGAAAGUCGGCGAGGAUGACUGCUAUUCCCCAACUCGACAUUCCCCAUAUCCUUGUUGACGAUGAUGACACACGACACAAGUCCUCGCCGGUGGCAGGAACCGGACAAACGAGGUCAGCGUUGCUGACAGUGGAAGACGCCCAUAAAUCGGCACACAAUAGCUGGUCCGGAUCGGGGCCGACAGACACGUCUGACGGCGACUAUCAACACCCGCUCAGCUUCCCGCGGUCUGGGCCUACAACGCCAAGUCACCAGUCGACGCAUUCCGCAUUCAGCUUUGAAUUACAAGAAGGUGGUCAGACUUCAGCUCAGAGCAGUCGAAGGGGAAGUGCUGUCACCCCACAGAGCCCCGUCAGCCCCGCACAAGUUAGCAACAUGCUGGACGAUUCUAUUUGGCUCGAGAGUAUUCGGAGAACUGCAACAGUCCGGAAAUCGGUUCGAAAAUCCGAUUGGAGUAGAUAGGUGCACCAGAAGGUGGUGCGUAGUGGAUUUUAUUUCUUGAGCGGUGGCGUUUAGGUUUGAGAUGAAGACGUGUCAUCGAUUCUGGGCAUAGCUCCUAGACCAUGUUUUGAGCCACGAGAGGCAUGAGCACCAUGACCCUUUCGUUUUUCAUGUUAGAUAGAAAGAUAGACGAAGCAACUUGCUCACGGCUUUGGUUGGUACUUGUGGCAUGAUGAUGGCUAUCAUCAAGGCAGGGGCUUCGUAGACUGCACGUAGGGUAGUGUCUAAUGCAGAAGAUUUCAUGAA